UCCUGCUAUUGGUGUUUACAGUUCUCAAUAUCAUUGUUGUAAUUCGCAGAAUUCUCACCCAAAACCUCCAUUAACACAAUUUUUCAUUUAGAUAUACAUUUAUGUUAUGAGCAUCCAAAUUCUCAUCGACAUUUGAUUAUUCUCAGUUUCUAGCUGCAGUUCCAAAUUCGUUUCGUCUCAAUUAUACUUCCAAAACAAUCAAUCUUCGAGAGAGAAGCAUAUCUCAGCCGCUUGAGAUAGCGGCGAUGGCUCAGCUCUGCUGCUCUUCACUUCCCACCCACCGUUGCCUCAUCACCACCUCCACGUCUUCACAUUCCCUCAAUUUCCCCCAAUGCACAAAAUUCAAAUUCUCAAACCCUAAUCUCGAUUCCAAAUUAAGUACACCGCACGCCGCCGGAGGCGGCGGCGGUGCCGGCAUUAGCAGCGGCGGCGGCGGAGGAGGAGGUGACAACGGCGGCGAAGGAAACUCUCCUCGCGACAACGGAUUGGGACCAAUCGGAGCGUUUUUAACCGGAUGGAGAGAGAGAGUCGUCGCCGAUCCACAGUUCCCUUUCAAGGUGUUGAUGGAGGAGCUAGUAGGUGUGAGCGCGUGCAUUCUCGGCGACAUGGCGUCGCGCCCUAAUUUCGGCCUGAACGAGCUGGAUUUCGUGUUCUCCACCAUGGUAGUGGGGUCGAUUUUGAAUCUGCUGCUGAUGUACAUCUUAGCCCCAACCUCGUCUUCGCUAGGGCAGAGCCUGCCGUCGAUCUUCUCCGGGUCUCCGGCGAGCCACAUGUUCGAGCCAGGCGCAUUCACCGUGGUGGAGAGGCUGGGGACGUUCGUGUACAAGGGAUUGCUGUUCGCGGCGGCGGGGUUCACGGCGGGGCUGGUGGGGACGGCGAUCUCUAACGGGCUGAUCGAGCUGAGGAAGAAGGUGGACCCGGAGUUUGUGAGGCCGAACAAGGCGCCGCCGACGCUGCUGAACGCAUCGGCGUGGGCGGUGCAGCUUGGGGUGAGCAGCAACUUGAGGUAUCAGGUGCUGAACGCGGUGGAGUUUAUACUGGCGAAGAAGCUGCCGAUGAAUGUGUUCAAGUCGUUGGUGGUGGUGUUGAGGUGCUUCAACAACGUGCUCGGGGGGAUGUCCUUCGUGACGGUGGCGAGGUUGAUGGGAUCGCAGGUUGUGGAUCAGGAAGAGGGCGGCAAGGCUGCUUUGGAUUAGAUUGCUUUGCUCUGCUUUGCUUGUAUGAUCGAUCGAUGUGGAUUAUGCUUAAUCUUGCCUUAUAACACACUUCCUUUAUUGUUGUUUUUCAA